AUGAAAACUCUUGGUAGAGACAUCACAGAAACAAAUGUUGAAAAUAAAGAGAAAUUUGAUAAUACCCACAUUUAUUCUACAAGCAAAACAACCAUAGCUUACUCAUCAAUAUUAAUAUUUGAUACUAAGACUCACAGUGAGAAAGAAAAAAAAAUAAAAAUUCCACUGCUUGAUUUCGGAACUUGCAUAAUUAAUUUGCCAAACUUUAAGCUGUUUUGCUAUGGCUCGAGUAUUAUCAGUAAGCUAAUUUAAGCUAAAGGUUAUGAUUCAUAAGCGGGUAAACCCACUAGCCGCCACUCAUCUUAGCUCCAAAGGUCGUUUUUUUGAAUCUCCAACCUGAGAAAACCUGUAGAAAAGUUCAGCUCUCUAGUGCAGAUUCUCUACCGUCUGGAGAGUAUCACUGAUAGUCCUGAUGAGAGAAGAUCAUGUGAUAGUCGAAUUGUCUAGCCCAUCUGGCAGGGACUGGAAAACAUUUUUGAGAAAAACAAAUCUUUCCACUUUGGCAGAUAUUUCCUAACAUGAAGGCCUACUUCAAAAAGGACAGAAGCCCUGCUUUCAGCUUAAUUAGGAGGGUCCUUCCUAAUCCAGAGAGCGGCUCAGAGUCAAUAUAAUCAUUUUAUUUUUAUAUUAUCAUUAAGGGAUUUGCAUGCAUUAUUGACACAAUUAACUUAUCUUAUAAACUUUUACCUUCAGUAUCUAACUCAGUUCAAGCUGAAGGUGUUUAUUACGAAAAUAAAGUGUAUGUAUUUGGAGGGUAUAAAUUCAAUAAUUCCCCAUUAGAACAUACUUUCGAUUUUUCAAAAAAUCAAUGAUUUACCAUAUCUGCACUGCCCGUUGAUUCUAUUAAAUGCUCAUGUAUUGUCUUUAACAAAAAAAUCCUGAUUUCAGGAAGCAAGCAUUCUUGCAUUUAUUUAUAUGAUUUUAAUAUAGAUUCUUACACUAUAAUCCCACAAUCAAAAAUAAGCCUAAGAGCUGGCAUAUGCAAAUUUUUAGUCACUGAUAAAAUAAGAGCUUACGCAAUAGGGCAAUUAGGAGCUAUUUAUGAAAGCGAAAUUUUAGACGAGUAUUCAUGAAAAAAGGUGAAAGACAUUUAUGAUGUUUCAUUUUAUUAUGAUAAAAUGAGUUAUGUGCUGUAUGGAAAUCACGCAUAUUUUUGAAUUUCGAUCCAAUUUCAUCAUGAUUACUAUCGAUUUAAUUUGGAUACGAAAACGUUUGAAAGAGUUCAAAUCAAUAAUUGUGUAAUAUUUUAG